AUGGCGAGUGAUGAAAUGAUUAAGGUUGUCGGGGAUCGGUUCUGUGUCCCUUACACAAUGGAACUCCUCGUCAAAAGGAAAAUACAAUCAUUUUCCAAUUCACAUUACGAUGUCUUCGAUACCACUGGAAAUAUUCUGCUACAAGUCAACGGCGGAAUUUGGAACUUGCAGAAGAAAAGGGUUAUGAAAGAUCCUGCAGGCUUACCUGUCGUCACUCUGCGGGAAAAGCAAGCAAUAUCGUGGAAACAGGAAUGGCAAAUGCAUGAAGGAGAAAGUAGGCAUUGUCUGUGCAGUGUGAAACGAUCGGGUGGUUUUAAUAUAAAAAGCAAUCUGGAUGUUCACUUAGCAAGCCCUUAUAAAGAUGCUGCCUGUGAUUUUCGUGUCACCGGAAGUCUUGCUUCCCUUUCUGUCAAAGUCCGGAGAGGCAAUUCUAUCAUUGCUGAGGUUACGCACAGUUACACAUGGGGAAGCUAUAAGGGCAAAGAAUGUUUCAAAAUAAAAGUUUAUCCAGAGGUGGACUAUGCCUUCAUUGUAGCUUUGCUGGUGAUUAUUCACGAAAACGACAACGCAUAA